GUUUGCCGUACAACAACAACAGAAAUGGCCUCUUCCCAGGAUGUCCACGUCCGAAUUUGUGGACAAGAAAUAAUCAAAUAUGAUCUCGAAAUUAAAGCUCUCAUUCAGGACAUUAGAGAAUGUCCGGGGCCACAAAGUGUGUUGAUGGAUUUCAACUCCGAAGUAAAAGAGAGAUUCAAUCAGCUGCGAUUGAGAAUCCAGAAUAUGGAGCAAAUGGCCAAGGAACAAGACAGAGAAACAGAAAAACAAGCCAUCUUGAGUGAGACAGAGAGUAAUCGUAGACAGAUGCUGAGUAACCAGACAGCUUGGAGGAAGGCAAACCUGGCAUGUAAACUGUCCAUUGACAACCUUGAGAAAGAUGAGCUGUUGUAUGGUGGAGACUCCACUGUGCGACAACGAAAAGCAACUAAGGAGAGUUUGGUCCAGACAUCCGGUGACAUCACAGAGAGCCUGAUGAGCAUCAGUCGUAUGAUGGCUCAGUCGGUGUCGCAGAGUGAGGAGACCAUCGGCACUCUGGCUACGUCUUCAAGAACAGUCCUGGAAACGGAUGAAGAGUUCAAAGCCAUGACAGGAACCAUACAUUUGGGAAGGAAACUGAUCUCAAAAUAUAACAGACGGGAAUUGACUGACAAACUACUAAUCUUUCUAGCAGUAGCUUUGUUUUUAGCAACUGUCUUGUACAUUUUGAAAAAAAGGCUGUUCCCAUUCAUUUAGAGAAAAUUGUGAGCAGUUUCCUGUUCUUAAUUUAUAAACUACAUCUGUAAUAUAACUGCAGGCAUGCCUUUCUAACCUUUCAAUGGGUUUUUCUUGCCAUACAGUCCUGUGCAUUUCCAUUAUGCACCUUCCCCAGACUGUCUACAAAACUGUGUCAGACUGUUUUAUUUUUUAUUUAAUUUAACCUUUAUUUAACUAGGCAAGUCAGUUAAGAACAAAUUCUGAUUUACAAUGACAGCCUAGGAACAGUGGGUUAACUGCCUUGUUCAGGGGCAGAACAACAGAUUUAUACCUUGUCAGCUCGGGGAUUCGAUCUAGCAACCUUUCGGUUACUGGCCCAGAACUGUGUCAGACUGUCUACAGAACUGUGGUCAGACUGUCUACAGAACUGUGGUCAGACUGUCUACAGAACUGUGGUCAGACUGUCUACAGAACUGUGGUCAGGCUGUCUACAGAACUGUGGUCAGACUGUCUACAGAACUGUGGUCAGGCUGUCUACAGAACUGUGGUCAGGCUGUCUACAGAACUGUGGUCAGGCUGUCUACAGAACUGUGGUCAGGCUGUCUACAGAACUGUGGUCAGGCUGUCUACAGAACUGUGGUCAGACUGGCAUGCAUUAUCUAUCUAUACCACUGAGGAAUUACCUUGUUUUAGGGCUCAUAGCUGGCAGGGACACUUUUUUUAAUUUUAUUUUUUAAUCCCAUUACCCUACUUAUUCUUACUGUACAGUAUACCUGGAAUGUACACCCUGGCCUUAGUCCAUAUACAGUAAGAAGGAAAUGGUUACUGUAGAUCUGUAUUGCUGUUGGAAUAGUGUUCCCAAAACACAUGAAAUUAGCAAAUUGUUGUGAGAUAGAAGACUACUUAUUGUAUAAAAGAAUCAACCGUUUUACAACAUUUUGAAUAAACAAAUGUUUCUUAAAUCUCUUUAAUUAUUGCUAGCUAGUUCAAAGAUCUGUCUCCACUUUCACAUGACUUAGGAACAGAUAUACAUUUACCCUAAUAAAGUUUAGAAACGUU